CUCGGCUCGGGUUCCCUCUUUUUCUCCGGCCGGCGACCUGCAGUCUGGGUAGUUGUGGUGUGGCAGCCUGCUCACAAGGUUGCCUGAGGAGAAGAGCAGUGACAGCGGUCCUUGCGUGGUCUCUGCUCUUCCCGGAGCACUCCUCAGCGGAGUUCUCGGCCUUCCGCUCUGUUCUCCUGGAAGAGGCUGUUAAGAAUUAAGUAGCCUUUCAUCUUUGAAUAACCGGAAUGGGCCUAAUUGUGCCAUAAAUUCUAUAUUUCCCGACCAGUUUGGUCAGGACGUGCCAACUAAAUGGAAAUGGCAUCUCCAAAAUCCUUAGUGAAUAUUCUGACCUUCACUUUUGGAUCUGCAAUUGGUUUUUUCCUAUGUUACUUACUGUUUAACUUAAGAUUAGACGAACAAAUCAAGGUUGAGCCUCACAUUCUUCAUAAUGAUCCUCAUGGCCAUCAUUCAGAUAAUGAUGAAAACAAUAAUCUGAAAGGACAAAUGAAUUUCAAUGCUGACACUGGGCAACAUAAAGAUGAAAAUAAAAAUGUUGCUGAAGACUUGUACCAGAAGGUAAGAAUACUUUGUUGGGUGAUGACAGGUCCCCAAAAUCUGGAAACAAAAGCCAAACAUGUCAAAGCUACUUGGGCCCAGCAUUGCAACAAAAUCUUAUUCAUGAGCUCUGAGGAAAACAAGAACUUUCCAACAGUGGGAUUAGAAACCAAAGAAGGCAGGGAUCAUUUAUACUGGAAAACUAUUAAAGCUUUCCAGUAUGUACAUGAACAUUAUUUUGAUGAAGCAGAUUGGUUCAUGAAGGCAGAUGAUGACACCUAUGUUGCACUGGAUAACUUGAGAUGGCUCCUUUCAAAAUACAAUCCUGAAAAACCCAUUUAUUUUGGGCGAAGAUUUAAGCCUUUUGUAAAACAGGGCUAUAUGAGUGGUGGGGCAGGAUAUGUGCUUAGCAAAGAAGCUCUGAAAAGAUUUGUGGAUGCCUUCAAAAAUAACAAAUGUACUCAUAGCUCUUCCAUUGAAGACUUAGCAUUAGGCAAGUGUAUGGAGAGCAUUAAUGUUGAAGCUGGAGAUUCUCGGGAUACAAGCGGCAAGGAAACCUUCCAUCCAUUUGUGCCAGAACAUCAUUUAAUCAAAGGAUAUCUUCCCAAAAAUUUUUGGUACUGGAAUUACAACUAUUACCCUGCUGUAGAGGGCCCUGGUUGCUGUUCUGAUCUAGCAGUUUCUUUUCACUAUGUAGAUGCUACUACUAUGUAUCAUUUGGAAUAUUUGAUUUAUCAUCUCCGUCCUUAUGGUUAUCAGUUCAGAUAUAAUCCUGAUCUCCCAGAAAAACAAAAUUUAAGUGAGGCCAUAAAAGGUGGUAUGAGCAUCAAAGCUGAAGAAAAUCCUCUGAAAGCUUCUAAAUAAGGAGCCUUACUCAGCUAAAAAUGGCAAAAUGAGUUUCCUAAGUAUAUUUCCAAAGUGUUCUUUUGUAUCCUUUUCUAAUAUGUGGUAGACUUUUUUCAUAUGCGAAGGGACUGCAUGCAGUACCACUUUCAAAGCUUUGAUAUACUGACACAUAGACUCAAUCUUCAAUUGAAACAAAUACUUUUAUUCCUAUUCACACAUGGACCUUCAGCAUUGUUAUCCUUUUUAUUAGGAUUUGAAUGUAUUCUUCCCAUUAUGUAACAAAAAAAAAAUCACUUUCUUUGCUUUAUUAAACCGGAAAAUGAUGAAGACAUUUAACUUUGUAUAUGAAGAAAACACUUCAUCCUAUGAAGGCAGCUGAAAAAAGCAGCAGGAUCAAAAUUGGUUGAAAGAGUCCAAAUUUAAAUAAGAUUUUGUUAACAGCUUGAACACUUUAACCUCAUUUUUUGUAUCACAGCUUAAUUGUAUAUAGGGAAUGAAAUGGUAGCCGAAAGAGAAGUGUAAAUGUCGUUAGUAGAUAUGUGUAAAUAGAACGAUUGUUGUCUAAACGAAACAAAAUAUUUCUUGACAUUACUGUUUUUCAUUUCUUUUGUUCUUUUGAGUUUCCUCUGAAAAGAGAACUCAGCAGGACAUAAGUAUUCAUAGAAAAUAGAUAGAAAUAUACAUGUCCAAAUUUAAUUCUACAUAUUAACAACUGUUCAUAUAGAAUAUUAAGUAAUGUUCUUGAUUUAGUAUCUUUAGCUUCUCCUAGUUUGCUUUUAGAGUUACAUAAAUUUAAUUAAGAUUGACUAAUAUUUUGGUUAAAAUUAUUGACAAUUGAACUUUUUUCGUUCUUGAUAUGUUUCUCAACAUAACAGUCAGUUUGGAAUUAGGGAUAUGUAAAUGUUUUGAGCUUCAAAUACACAAUAAUACAUUGCUCCUGGAUGCAAUGGAUGUGCCUUUGACCACUCAAACAUUAUAUUGAACUUGAAAUAUUUUACACACCAAUAUUUACUCUGAACUCUGGGAGAAUUUCUGCUAUGAAUGUAUAUAUUUUUCUUUUCAUCAAAGUAACAAUUAUUUGCAUUUUACUAAAAACCUUAAAUUUUGAUUUAUUAUAUCGGAAAUUGGAGUUUUGCAACAGACUAAAGUUUCUAAAUCGAGACCUGUCCAGCAUAAUUGGUCCCAACAGUUCAAAUUUAAAUUUAUUAGAACUUUAACCAUUUUAAACAUCACUAUUUACUAUGAAUUGUGGCAGAAUUUGUUUUUCUACUAUGAAUAUAUACUUUGUUUCUUUUUUUCCUAAUGAUACUCAGAAUUAUUUGCAUUUUUUUCUCAAAAGAACCCCUUCAAUUCAUUUGAUUGGAAAUUGAUAUUUUGCAACAAAAUUAACUUUCUAAAUUAAAGAGACCCUUUGUUCCAUUAAGUCAGCUGACAAAACCCCUGCAUCUUAAUUGGUUCCAACAGUUCAAAUUUAAAUACAAUUUUUUUAAAAUGCUUCAAAACUUUGGUCCGUUUUUUUCUCUCCCAUCUUGGAUGCUUUAGAAAUGGGUGUGUGAACCAGAGGUGUAAAUAUAAUUCCUUUAGUUCUGUAAAUAUAUUUUCAUUCUUGAAAUGACUGUUUUCUAAGCCAUAUAAAAUUUUAUUUCUUCAGA